CGAUCCAGCGAGGCAUGUUCGAGCAUUUGAAAAUAUGUCCGUGUUGCACGGAUAUUCAGACCCAGUUAGUUGCAGAGCGUUCUUGUCGACCCUUCGGGGAGGUGCCCUUGAUUGGUUUCAUCAGUUAGCCCCCGGGUCGAUCAAAGAUUUCGAAGAUUUUGCAGGGCAACUCACCAACCAGUACGCGAGUGCAGUCGCGCAGGAGAAGACAUACCUUACUCUGAUGGCAAUGCGGCAGGGUGAGAAAGAAUCGCUACGGAAAUAUGUGGCCCGGUACAAUCAGAUGUGCUUAGAAGUGCCCACGGCUGUCGACGAGGUGAAGGCGGGAGGAUUAAUCAGGAGUCUACGACCGGGACCUUGUCGGACGUCGUUGGCGAAGACGCCCGCUCGAACUUAUGAGGAGGUGUUGAAGAGGUGCAAAAAAUACAUUAACCUGGAAGAAACGGAGGCCGAGUUUGCCAAGCUCGAAGAAGUGGCAAGGCCCGACCAAAGGAGGGGAAAGCCAAACUCACCCAGGCGGGAGUCGCCCAAGAGGAAUCCUCAGAAGAGUGGUCCGUUCAGGAGAUCGUCGCCCAAGAGGGAUGGGCGAAAUUCGUUUCAAGGAGGACGGGAAGAUCGCUGGCAAGGGCGACCGCGACUACCCAAUGGGCAGAGAUAUAACAACUUCACCCCACUUAAUGCCCAGAUGGGUGAG